CUUAACUGUUUAAGUCUUAUUAAUCGCAGUUAGGGUAUUAUUGGCUGGUUUACAUUAGCUAACGCUGUUUGUGCUUUCCCAUCUUCUCUACGCUUCCUUUGCAGUUUUGAACUAUUCUUUUAGGCAGAUUGACCAAUCAAAAUCUUUUCGCUAGGCUUGUUUAAUCUGAUUCUCUGUUCUCAUAAUUUUAAACACAGCAGCUAUGUGUGGAUUUUGCAAGGUUGUUGUUUGAACUUCCACCAACAGGCCACCAGAUAGCAGAGUUGCAUUGGGCACUUCUGUUUGGGAUGUUUACUCUUAUUUAUUAGUGCAUUUGUCAACAGAUGGAACACGUUUUAUUGUUCUUUCUGCUGAUGCUUCAGUUUGAGGUUGGACAAUUAGGCUCACAUGAACAUCUCCAUGAAGAUCACUACAUCGGCCAGCAGCACAACCCUGACCAUGACAUGGCUGUUCUGUUAGGAGAGGAGAGCACCAAAGCAAUAAAGAAACUUAGCCCAGCAGAGAAGAGAAAGAAGAUGAUGCAAAUUGUAAAGAAGAUUGAUACAAAUGGGGACAAUCUUCUAAGUGCAGAGGAGAUCACUCUGUGGAUUCAGCAUGUCUACAGAAAAUAUGCUCUAGAAGAUGCCGAGGAGCGCUUCACUGAGUUUGAUAUUAACAAAGAUGGUGUUGUAACAUGGGAGGAGUCCAGCUCUGUUGCUCAUGAUCAGCUCAUUACUUUUGAUGAUGACACUAUACUCGGUGACCCGGAGCAAGAGUCUCUUAGACAACUUCUCUUAAAGGAAAAGAGGCGCUUUGAUUUUGCCGAUGUGGACGGUACACCUGGCCUAAACGUGACUGAGUUUCUUGCCUUCACCCACCCAUCUGAGGUGGAUUACAUGGCUGACUUUGCCAUUGAAGAUGUGUUGAAUGAAUAUGAUACAGAUAAAGAUGGAUUCGUCGCUCUAAGUGAAUAUAUUGGAAAUGUGAAUCACCAUCACAGUGGGAGAUUGAAGAAACUGUGCGAUUUAAAGAGCUGUACGACCAGGAUGAGGAUGGCAGACUGGAUCGAGAUGAGCAGCUGCGCUGGGUUGCGCCUAAUAGCUAUGGUUCAGCGAGAGAGGAAGCACUUCACCUCAUCAAGGAAAUGGACCAGGAUGGAGAUGGGCAGAUUUCUGUGUCAGAAGUUUUGAAAAACCAAGAAAUAUUCAUGAACAGUGAAGUGACAGACUACGGCAGACACCUCCAGUUGUCACAUGAUGAAUUAUGACUAUGUUUAUUGUUCAUUGUAGACCUCUCUUAAUUUGUUUGAUAAAUAUGUAAUUUUUUCCCCCCUUUUGCAUUAAAUUGUGAUUUAUGUAACAGGAAAAGUUAUACUGCUACAUCUCAUUUAAUUAGGAUAUCAGUUAAGGUUUAUUUAUAUUUUGUAAUUCAACUGAAAAAGUGAAACUGAUACAUUGAUUCAAUACAGAUAAGUGAUAUAUUUAAA